AUGGCAAAAUCAGAAAUAUCUCAGGACGAUCACACCAUAUCCAAAAUGCAAUCACAACUUGACAGCAAAGUUCGUGUCCAUGGUUUUGGAAAUAUGAACUGGGGAAUUAAGACAGACGGUUUGGAUAAUGGAAUAGAAAUUUCCGCCGAGAUCCAUUCGGAUACUGCACUCAAAAUGAAUUUUUCAUUGGACAUGCUACAAAACAGAUUUAAAGUAGAAAUUGAUAAUCUUCAAGAGAGACGUGAUACACUGGUCGCAAGCCAUAGGGCACAGGCUGUAAUAAGGUACCCACGUAUUAAGGCAACAGCUCCGAUUCUUCCAGACCCAAUUGAUAUUGAAGAAUGGGAUGAAGAACCCGGCAAAGGCAACAUCAAACAACAAUCUAAAGGUGAUCGCAGACCUCAAGAGCUUUCGGACAGUUGCUGGCCUCUAGCUUGGCUCCCGGUAAACAUGUGCUGGAAAACCACCAAGACAAGAGGAUAUGUGCCCUACCAGAAUACACUGAUGCAUGUGCUGUGCUCAGAACAUGAAAUGAAGUAUUGGUUUGAAUCAGAUCCUGGUAUGACUAAGAUCCGAGUAGAUGUCAAUCUAGACUCUGAAAAAAUUAGGAUGAGAAGAGAAUUGGUGCCCGAAGAAGAAGAACAAGUAAAAGCAGAAAUGCAGAAGGGUGAUGUCAAAGAUCAGAAGAAACCAGACCAGAAUACCAAGCGCCCAAAUCAGGACACCACCUCUUCCUCUGAUUCUGCUCCUCCAGAGAAAAAGGGACAAGACCAAAAGAAAGGUGGUACCAGCAGCAGCAGCUCCACCAGCAGCAAGGACAGCAAGAGCAAGGACACCAGUGAAAGCACCAGCAGUAAGGAUAGCAGCAGUGAGAGUAGUAGUAGCAGUAGCAGCAGCAGCAGCAGCAGUGAGUCCCAAGAUAGUGGAACAAAGGGUUCUUCCCAAACCCAGUCUAAAGAGAGUUCUUCCAGCAGCAGUGACAGGAGUGAAAGCAGUAGCAGCAGCAGCGAGAGUAGCAGCAGUGACAGCAGCAGUAGCAGUGACAGCAGCAGUAGUAGUGACAGCAGCAGCAGCAGUAGUGACAGCAGCAGCAGCAGCAGUGAUAGCAGCAGCGACAGCAGUAGCAGCAGCAGUGAUAGCAGCAGCGACAGCAGUAGCAGCAGCAGCAGUGAUAGUAGCAGUGACAGCAGCAGCAGUGAUAGUAGCAGUGACAGCAGCAGCGACAGCAGUAGUAGCAGCAGCAGUGAUAGUAGCAGUGACAGCAGCAGCAGCAGCAGUGAUAGUAGCACAGCAGCAGCAGCAGCAGUGACAGCAGCAGCAGCAGCAGUGACAGCAGUGACAGCAGCAAGAGCAGCAGCAGUGAGGAUGGUACCAUCGAGAGCCAAAGCAGUGAGAGCAGCAGUGAGAGCAGGAGUACCAAAAGAGAUUCAUAAAUAUGUUUUCCGAUCUGUGAAGAAAGAGAAGCAGCCAGGAAAACAAUCUGAUGACCCCUCUGAUUCUGACUCCCAGCUGGACUUUGAUGAAAAAAAUAUAAAAGACUCUGCGUUGGAGAGACGUAUGCUCAUUACUUUCCGCUACCUCUAUGUUAAUAAGAAAGAAAGUGGACAUGAUGUUGUAGUGCUCAAACAUUCCUCUGCAGUUAAAGUGACAGUGAAAGACAUCGCCCGCCCAAGCAAACCGGUGGUCUGCUUCACCUAUAUUGAGCUCAACCCUCAUAAAAUAAUGGCAACUCUGAGAGCUGGUCAGGAUUGCAGAGACAGCAGUAUUUCUCUCGUACUAGAGACCGGUUUGUUUGCUGGAAAGCCAGCUCUUCAGGCAAAAUUUAACUACCCUAAGGUUCCUGAGAACGUGAAUUAUGUUAUAGAUGAAAUUCUUGCAGUGCUCCCUGGAAUUGCCUACCUAGGAGGCUUCACUCACAAAGUCCAAAAGAACCCUCCUAAAGAAAUUUCAAUGGUUAUGGCUCUAAAACGUUCAAGCGAGUGUAUCAUGGUCAUGAAAUUGCCACAAGAUCUCCUCUACAAUGACAGAUGCACACUUCCAAUUUCAGUGCCAAUGGAUCCCAAAGUCCAAACUUCAAAAAUCUCUGAAAUUCCAAAAUUGCUUCUUGCUAGUCUGAAUGGUGUUUGUGAAAUAGAUGGCAAAAAAAUUAUAAGCUUCAACAAUCAAUUCAUUACAAAAGGAUUGCCUGACAACUGUUUUAUAAAUGUAUUGGGAGAUUGUACAUGUCGCAAGAACCUGAUGGUGCUGAUGAAAUACGAAACAGAAGAAAAUAACAGUCUUCUAAUUGAAAUCCAUACACAUGGCAUCGUAUGUACCAUGAAGAGGCGUAAUGGUGAGCUCAUUGUAGAAGUAAACGGCACUAGGCUACAGGAUGGAGUUCUCCCUCGUAAACUCCAACAUUUGCCUCUUCGAUUGAAGAAAACAGUAAGUGAAGUGGACUUUAGAAUGCCCUUAGUUGGAUUAGAAAAAGUGACCUACGAAGGAGAUACUGCCAAGUUUGAAGUUAAUACCGUGAUAGAAAAUUCAUGUGGUCUCUGUGGAUGGUAUGGAUCAGAAGCAAGAAAGUUACGGAGACCAAGUGGCCACUCAGCUAAAGAUGAAGUGAGCUUUGUUCAGUCCUGGGUGGUCCCUGAUGCAUGUGGUGGAGACUGUAAACUGCGACACACAACAGUAAGACAUGAGAAUCCAAUCCUAAUGGGCCAAGAAAAUCAACAGUGUGCAACCAAUCUUCCUGUCGUACGCUGUGCUGAAGGCUGCUCAGCCACCAGUACUACCCAAACCUUAGCUAGCUUCCAUUGUGUGCCUGCUGGAACAACCUUGCCUACUGACCUGACCGUGCUGGCUGAAAAGUCUGAAGAUUUGGUAGACUUAGUUGAAUCUCACACAUCCUGCUCUUGUGAACAGGAACGAUGUGUUGCAUGAUCCUUCAACUGAGCAGACUCAGUGCACGUUCUCUUGUUUGCUGUGGAGGCUGAUAUGUCAAUUCUAGGCUACUACACAGUUGUUAAUUAAAUUAUUUUAAGAAGCCUACUGUACCCUCUUAAAGAAUCCAAUUCUUCCUAAAGUAAAUCUAAGCCUUAUUCCAAUAUAACAAAGUCAACUCUAAA